CAUGAAGUGAGUCGUUUCAGGAUGACGAAACAAGCACAUGAUGAUACGGCACGCUUCAUAUACAUAUUAACGAAUGGCAAGCGAAGAUAUCUGGAAUUCGAAGACUUCGAAUCGAUGAUAUUGGAUCUAAUUAAUACACAUCCAUCACUGACUCAUCUGCUGUCAGCAGUACAGUUCCAUAUGAGUUACGUUGAAGUGGUGACAUGUCGCAUCUUUUGGAUUGUUAAUCGCUCGUGGUCUGGUCGAAUCACCGCACAAGAAUUACGUGGUUCGGAUUUUUUAGAGGUAAAUUAUGAUUGA